AAUCUUAUCAAGCCUAAACACCAAAAAUGCGUUUCUUUAUCGUCGUUGCUCUCUUGGCCUUCGUGGCUGUUGGGCUUGCAAAUGCCCGUUCCGCUGAGGAUGAGGAGUCCCCUGUCCAGGAAAACACUGGUGAGGAUUCAUCCAAUAACGGUGGUGAAGAAAGCACAAGUGCUGCCCAGGAAGGAUCUGCUGAUGCAGAGUCCCAGGACACUGGAAACUCUGACAAUGCACAAAGUCAGGACCCUGAAAACCAGGGAAACCAAGCUGGUGAAUCUGAUGGACAGAGCCAGGAUUCUGAAAGUGAGGGAAACCAGGCUGCAGAAUCUGAUGGACAGAGCCAGGAUUCUGAAAGUGUGGGAAGCCAGGCUGGCGAAUCUGAUGGACAGAGCCAGGAUUCUGGAAAUGGAGAAAACCAGGAACGAACCCGUAAUGAUGACAAUCAGGAGACCAAUGGAGAUGAGGCCAAAUCCGAAUCAAACGGAGAUAACAACAAUGAGGGAGAUAACGAAGGUGGAGAAAAUAAAGAUUCCGAAGAUAACAAUGAGGGGGAUCAGGAUGCGGAUGCCCCACCCAAGAAGCCGAACCGUAGGCCCAGGUUCGGAAAUCAUGGUCCACUUCUAAUCUUCGCCAGGCCACUUUUCCUUAACCGAGCUUAAGAAUGUUUGUUAGGAAUUUUUAAAAAAUUAAAUGAUUAUUAAAUAAAACAUUGUUCAUUCAAAAUUAAAUUAUAAAACUUUUUUUCACACUAAA